AUGAAAUUUAGCACAAUUUAUUUAGUGCACAGUCUAAUUAUUUUAUCCUUCCAGAUUGUAAACUGUGAUUCAGAACCACAGAAUCUUUACCUAGACACAACUUAUUAGAUAACCUAAAACCAGACAGCAGAGAAUUUUCAAAUAAAUAUUUUCUCUGUUGAUCCAAGAUUCAAUUAUUUGAUCAUUCAGAUAGAUGUUAUUUCUCCCAUGUAUCCUGUUUAUAAGUUCGUUGCUUGCCUUAACUUCAAUCAAAAUAACUUAGAUUAGCAAUCUUAAUAAUAUACAGAACUUAAUGCUUGCUAAUUUAUCGAUACUUUGGCUACUCAAUAAUAGUUAAGUUAACAUCUUUUAAUAAUAUAAACCAAUUAUUCAGAUUAUUCUACUAGAACUCCUACAUUUUUAACAAUCCUAUACACUUAAAAAUUUAAUGAUAAUACUGUACAAAACCUUUAAUCACUUCAUCAAAUUUAAUACAAUGUUAAAAUUUAUUAAGAUUAUCUUUACCCAUGCCAUAAAAAUUGCAAUCAACAAGGAUAUUGCGAUAACUAAUUAGGAAAGUGCACUUGUGAAUCAUAAUUUUAUGGGAUCGACUGCAGUGUAUAAUUGAACGCAUUAAAUAUAAGUGAAACUUAAAACAUAACUAUCUCCUCGAUGGAGUAGAGAUACUUUAUUUUAUAAUUUGAAGAUGCUUUAACAAAAUCAAAUGGUAAAAAAUUACCUUCUAUUUUUAAUAAUAAUAUCUCACAAAAAAUACAAACAAAUGAAAUUAUAACUAUUUUGAGUUUAGAACAAAAGUAUGAACCUACAAUGCUUUCCAUUUCAGCCCAAUAUUCGCAAUAAACAAUAAGUUAGCAAAAUUCUUCAGAAUAAUCUAAACAAGAUAAAGACAUUUCAUAAAUAAAAAUAAUAAUAAUAAUAAUAAUAGUAGUAGUAACUUUGUCAGUUUUUCUUCUUUGUAUUUUUAUUUUCGUGUUAGUUAAAAUGAGGAAAAGAAGAGCUUCAACUUAAAAUAGACUUAAUCAAAAUUUAUAAAGGCCAAAUAAUGAAUACUUUUAAAUAAAAGUUGAUGUGACAAAGGCAAAAAUACUUUUUUUACAAGAAGCCUUUAUGCCAAUUGUUUAAUAUGAUUCCUUCAAAAAAUAAAAUGAAAUCAACAUAAUUUAAAUAAGAUAAGACAACCAGAUGAUAAAGAAAGAAUAAAACUAAAAUGAAUAAAACUUUACAGAAAAUAUGUUUAUAAUUAAAGAUAGAAUAGAAGGCGAUUAACAACAGAAUAUAGGUAAGGAUCGUUAAAAUUAAGAUAAAAACUCAAAAGACCAAAAUACAAAGGAAGAUAUUUAGGUUGAUAAGGAUAACACAAAUAACUGUUCUAUUUGCUUGGUUGAGAUUGUUACUUAAGAUGAGCUUAGGUUAACUAUUUGCAGGCAUUUGUUUCAUUCUAAUUGCUUGAUUUCGUGGAUUAGCUAAAAUGAUAGUUGUCCUCUUUGCAGAUAAAGUUUUGCUAUAAUUGAUAUAAUAGAUUAUUUAAUCACCCAAAAAAUCAAUUAAAACGCAACAAAAGAAUAGGUAGCUGAUAUUUAAAGCCAAAAAGAUAAAAUAUUAGAGGUAUUAUCAAAUGAAAAAAAUAAAUAAUUAACCAUAUCUGAUUUUGAGCUAUUAAAUAUAUUCAAAUAUUUUUUACCAUUUGAAACACUCUAAAAAUAUCAACUGAUCUAGAAGAAGAAAUGUUCUAUUUAUUUUGAUAAUACUACAUUCGAUUAAUCUCCAACUAGUAUGUUAAUGAGUAACCAUUUGAGUUAAUAAUUUAGAAAUAACUUUCAAACAGCUAAUUAAACAGAAAGCCUUAUUUAAGAAAGAAGAGUAAGCAUCUUUCAUUGA